AUGUUGAUGAUAGCAAAGUCAAUUUUCUACGCAAUACCCGGGUUUCCCUGCAUCAAGCUUUCAGGAUUGGAGCUUGACUCCCCGUUCACUCUAGAUGCAGACGAUAUUGCUCGGUAUCAAUUGGCAAUUGGAGGAACAAGCAACACGAGAGAAGAGCUCUCAGCACCGCACCUUAUGCUUUUCUUGUCGGCCAUGACCGAGUCGGCAAUGCUACUUCUACUCGCCAGUCCCUGGUGUCCCAUCAAUCCACUAGGCGCAGUAAACGUGCGCAAUAGGUUCGAAGUAUUACGCCCCGAUCUAUGCGAUCUGUCGAAACUCGUAGAUUUACGAACAGCCCGCCUGAAGGCGAUCGCACAUAACCACCCACGACAAGCAAAACGAGGCAUCGAGUGGGAUCUGGAGGUCAUGAUCACCAUUCCCACUGGUAGGAGGGAUGGAACUAUGGAUAUCAUCUUUCGCCAAAUCUUCACCAUGCUAGAACUAAGAAAGUCACAGUCCAAGAAUACCCAGAACAUUUCACAUGAGACCAGAUCUAGCAUGGCGACACCGCAGCUUUCUGAGAGCCCUACACACGUAUCACUUUCCGCGGACGAUCCGCUGAAAUGGGCUGCGAUUUGCAAGGAUUACAACUUCAUUCACCUAUCGGGAGCGGCUGCGAAGGCCUUUGGUCUACCCGGAAAGAUUGCGCACGGAAACCAUGCAGUGGCUAAAGCUUUGCAUCAGCUGACGGACUCGAGAAGCUCGCAGCCACCGUUCAGCACUUCCUUAUGGAUGGAAGUACAGUUCAGAAGGCCGAUGGUUGUACCCGGUGUCUACGAUGUUAGUUUACGCGAGUCUAGCGAACCUAGCAAGAUGUUCUCAGUUUCUUGUCAGGGAAAAGACUAUGCGACUGCGGUGUAUGGGGACCUUCAGCAAUGA